AGCGCAAGGGAACCCAAGACAGUCACAUGAAACGGAACUAACAUUUUAUAUAUACUUAUAUUUUGUAUUAUAAUUUUAUUUGUUUUAAAAGUACCGCAUUGGAUUGCAUAUGGCUGGUUUACCGCCCGGAGACCCGCAGCUGGUCUCGAUGAUCGUAAACCAUCUGAAAACGCAAGGUCUUUUUGACCAGUUUAGAAGGGACUGCUUGGCGGACGUUGAUACAAAGCCCGCUUAUCUGAAUCUUAGACAGCGAGUGGACAAUUUCGUGUCCAACCACCUGUCCAACCACACAUGGAGCCCUCACCUGAACAAGAACCAGCUGCGGAACAACAUCCGACAGCUGGUGCUCCAGUCAGGGAUGUUGGAACAGGGGGUUGACAGGAUAGUCGCCCAGGUCGUGGAUCCCAAAAUCCACCACACCUUCAGACCCCAGGUGGAGAGAGUGGUGCGCGAGUUUCUGUCCCCCGGGACCCCCAGCGACCAGCCUGUGGUGUGCCCCACACCAGGGGAGGAGAGGCAGGACAGCUACAUACCAGCUCCAGGCCCCUCGUCCAUCCCGGCCGCCACGGCCGCCAGCGAUGCUAUGUCCAUCCUAGACACCAUCAGCUCCCUGAACCAGGAGGCCAGCACCCGGGGCGGGGGGGACCGGGCGGGGGAGCGCAGCAGGAAGGCCGGCCCCACGGCAGCGGGAGAUGGCGGGCUGGAGAGGGACCCCUCUCAGGAGGAGCUGGCCCAGGAGAUGGAGGCCGGGGAGCAGGACAUGAGCCUGGGGGAGGAGGCGGAGGAGAAGGGGGAGGGCUGGAGCGAGGAGCAGCCCGGGUCGGAGGCCCAGGCUCGGGAGGUGGAGAUGGAGGUCACCCCCGAGGCGAGCGACCCGGAGAAGCAGGGGACGGAAGGGGAGGAGGAGUCCAAGGAGCCGGCGGAGGAGGCCAGGGAGGUCAAGGCGGAGGAGGGGAGAGACAGGGCCAGCGGGAAGCCUGCAGGGAAGGCUAGAGAGGAUGGGGAGGCCCAGAAAUCCCCCAGCGAGAAACAGCACAUCCGGCAGAAAGCCAGGGAGAGCUUAAAGGAAGAGUACUCCUUGGAGGACUCUGACCUAGACGGAUUGAGUGACAUCACGGUGAGCUCCGUCCACACCAGUGACUUGUCCUCCUUCGAAGAGGAGAGCGACGAGGACCCACAGCCGUCCGACUCAACAGAGGAGGGCGAGAUCACUUCGGAAGAUGAGAAGAUUGAGAAGAAGCCUCAGGCCGCGAGCAAAGAGGAGAGCAAAGAGCGCAAGCCCCGCGGCGGUCGCCAGGCCUACGUCCACAAGCCCUUCCUGUACUCCCGUUACUAUAGCGACUCGGACGACGAGAUCACCGUGGAGCAGCGCCGGCGCUCUGCUGCCAAAGAGAAAGAGGAGAGGUUACUGAAGAGGCAGCAGAACAGGGAGAGGCUGGAGGAGAAGCGGAGGCAGAAAGUGCCCCAGUCUCAGGAGACCGAGGAGGGCGGGUCCGAACCCGCCUCCCCGAACCCGGAACCACAGGGACCCAGUGCCAAGGAGGCCCGCAAGCAGAAGAAGGUUCUGGAGAAACAGGUGGCCCUCAGCAGAAAGAGGAAGAGAGACUCCAGGAAGGAGGACGAGACGGAGGCGUCAAGGGGUGGCUACCCCAAGAGCCAGCAGCCCAAGCCGGUCAGAAGGGCGUCUGAGUCGGCCACGUCCGAGGAGGGGCGUAGGAGGAAGAGCGGCAGCGUCUCUGAGGAAACUCCAGCAGGGGGCGCUGGCGAGCAGAGGAAGCCACUGGUGGACCGGAGCAGGACGCACUCCUUCAUCCUGGACCUGGAGCUGGGCUCCGAGGGGCUGCUGAGGCAGAGGGCCGGGGGCAAGUUCGACAGGCACCCCAAGCACCCCAGGGAGAGGGGCGAGAAGGAGCACAGCCUGUCGGACGAGCGGAGCAAGCACCGGCCCAGAGCCGAGGACGACCGGGCCGACAAGAGGAGCAGGAGCAAGGCGGACCGCAAGAGCUCCAGCACCAGCAGGGAGGUCCGCACCUCCCUGUCGGAGGCAGGCACACCGGAGGAGGGUGCGAAGAGGCCGAGGGGUGCGUCUGUGGACUCCCCCAAAACGGAGAAGGCCAAGGGAGAGAAGGGGGCGCAGAGGAGCGACCCCAGACAGCCAUUCCUGCUGGACUCGGCGGGCUCCUCUGAAGACAGAUCGGACAUGGAGCCCGGGGGGGAGGGAGGCAAGAGGAAGGACCGGCUGCCCAAGGACAUGCUGAAGCGUUCGAAGAGUCACUCAGAGGAGAGACACCCCGACAGGCCCAAGGCCAAACCAGAGAGCAGGGACGCCGCCUCCGCCACCCCCACCACCCCCACCACCCCCGCCGACCGCAGGCCCAGAGCCGACCCCGGCGACAGGGCCGGCUCUGACUCCGAUGCCGACCGCACGCCCAGAGAUGCCGAGCCCGGGUCAAAGGUCAAAGCGGCCGUGGCGGACAAGUCCAGGUCCCGGUCCAGGGAGGACCCCAAAGCCCAGGCUGCCCCGAGGGUGGAGAGGAAGGGCUCCGCCCCCGAGGCCAAGGGCAAAGCUCCCAAGCCCAGCGGCCGGCCCGACUCCUCCAAGGAGAAGAGGAGGGAGAGCACCUGCAAGGAGGACAGGAGGAGGGAGGGGAGGGAGGAGGAGAAGAGCAGGAAGGAGCCCGAGAGAAAGAGCAAAGAGGCCGAGAAGAAAGGGGAGGAGACCCUGGGUGACAGGAGGCGGGGCUCCAGAGGAGACUCCUCCCUGUCCCCGCCCAUCCUCAGCACCCCAGAGCCCGCCCCCACCGUAGUCCCUGUGCCAGAAGACAAUAACAUGGAUGCCCAGGCUGCGCCCACCGCCAGCGCCAUCGGCGUAUCGUACGACACCUUUGAUGCCUUGAGUGACAUCACCCCCGAACCCGAGGACGAUGAGCUCGUGUUCGGCGAAGGCACGUUGAUCGUGGAAGACGAGGACGAGACGGCCUCCUGGCCUGCGUCGACCGAAGCGGACACCACCGUGAGUUGCGCUGCGGAGCCCGGGCCCUCAUUGGACGGCAGGUUCAGCCAGGGAGGAAGUGAGGUCACAGACGCGGGUGAGCGGGCGUGGGCGGUCGGCGUCACCGGGGAGGGGGACUCGUCAGUGCGUCCCCCUGGUGGUGAUUUCAGGAUGAUGCGCACGCAGUCUGAGAUCUCCAUGCGGGAGGCCGCGCUGACGCUGCUCUCCAUGGACCCUGACACCACGACAUCACAAGACGUCAUCAUGGAGAUGACCUCGCCUGCACCGCGGCACCUGGAGAGUCCGCUCACGCAUCGCCACGGUGAAGAUGCAGGGGAUCCAAGCGACAGGACGACCGCUGCCCUGACGGCCACAGAGCCAUGGUCUGUGCCCGCAUCACUGGAAACUGACACACCCGUUCACGGUGUUUCUGACACAGUCAUGGAGGAGACACAUAUCCCUGAAGUCACAUCAAGGGAGGUGACCUCACAGGAGGAAGCGGAAAAGGACUCUGGGAAGAAGGGAGCAGGCCGCAGAGGGAGGUCUCAGAGAAGCACAGCCUCAGACGAGAGUGAAGCUGCUCCAUCGCAGGGUGAGGGGGCAGCUGGCACCAUGGAGGACAAAACCGUGAUCAGCACCGAAAUGGAAGAAACUCUUCCCGGUGGGGUCAGCACUGAAACAGACGAAUCACGUCCUAUUGCUGUCAGCGCCAAAACAGAAGAAUCACAACCCACGGUGCUGAGCAUUGAAACAGAAGAAUCACAACCCAUGGUGCUCAGCAUUGAAACCGAAGAAUCACAACCCAUGGUGCUGAGCAUUGAAACCGAAGAAUCACAACCCAUUGCUGUCAGCAGUGAAACAGACGCGACACAUCCCGCUGCUGUCAGCGCCGAAGCGGACGAAACUCUUACAACUGUGGUCAGCACUGAAACAGCAGAAGCUCAUCCAGCUGGCAGUGUGCUCCAGCCCUCUUCUGAGGAGAGUCCAUCAGCUGAAGCCAAGGACGAGGCGUCGGCCGUGACCGAGGAGGCGGAGAGGCAGACGGAGAGCAUGGAGCGGUCCGACGGAGGCGCCGUGCGCACGGAGCGGUCUGCAGAAAUGCUGCCAGCUGAAUGCAGACCUCACACGGAGGGUGAGAAGGGGUCGGGUCCUGCCAAAGCGGAUGAAAGAGGCACCGAUUUACAGCAGAAAGAGGAGAAGGAAGAAGAGGAGGUGCCCGCGGAACGCAAGGGAGGACGGCCUAAGACCGCCACCAAGGAGACUGGGAAAAGACCAGCCCAGGAGAAGGAGGAGUCUGAGUCUGAGGAGCAGUCAGACCAAGCAGAGGAGAUCCGUCCAACACGGAGAGGGCGCCCGCCCAGGAUAAUCAAACAAGCCAGUAGAGGGUCAAAGAGCGACACAGACAGCCAGGAGCGCAGCCCGGAGAGGUCUGCUGAAGACAAAGAAACGGAGGAUGUGAAAGAGACGAGAGGCCGUAGGGGACGGGCCUCCCAGAGCGCCUCCACUCCCCAGAAGGGCUCCACCCCCCAGAGGGACACCAGCAAGACCAGGAAGGAGGAGAGCGAGGAAACCGCAGCACCAGGAGGGGCUCAAAAAGCUAAGAGUGAUGAUGAAGGCGAGAAGGCCGUAGAACCCAAAACUCCACGACGAGGAAGGCCACCGAAGACCACAGCGCCCUCACUGAGGGGAACACGGUCCUCAUCCCAGGAGCAGGAAGAGGAGAAGGAGGGGGAAGGGAAGGACACAGAGGAGCGUGAGAGGGCAGAAGAUGCACCGGCUCGUCGAGGAAGAAGUUCUGGCACUGCAGCGAAGACCACCGACGAGGGUGGGCAGCAGAAGGAGGAGGCGGCGAGGGAGGGCACCAGUGAAGAACAACGGGAGAAGGAGGAAGAGGAGAAGAGUGAUCAGAAGAGAGGCGGUCGCCGAGGAAGGCCUGCUAAAGCUCCGCUUACCGUAAGCACGCGCCCAGAGGAGGCAUUGGAGCAGAGAGAGGCAAAGGUGGAUGGAGAGAACUCUGAACCCAAAGAAACCACUGACGCUGGUAAACGUGCGGUUAAGAGGAAGAGGAGUGAGGAGCGCGAGGACUCGGCAGAGGAGGGCCAGCUGGAGGGGGCGGAGCCAAAGGAGGAGGGUGCUAAGAGACAAACAGUGAGGAUUCCACGAGAGGACAGCACGAGUCAGUCCGAUGGGCAGGAGGAUGUAAAAGAAGACAGCUCCAAUGACAAUAAAACUGAUAACGAUGAGGACAAGGAGCAGCCUCAGAAGAAGAAGGCCACACGCAGGGGAAGGCCCUCCAAAACGGCCGUGGCCUCAGCGGAGGACUCAGAAAAGAAAGACCAAAAGGCCACGGAGACGGAGGAGGAGCAGGAGGCAGAGGAAGACACGGGGGAGGAAGAGGAGGAGACUCAGACGAGAGCCACCACGCGCUCCGCGACUCGCCUGGAGGCUGAGAGAAACAAGCCCAGCAAACCCUCCACCCGCGCCCUGAGCAAACUCCGCGGGAAAGAGGAGACCACUCCGACACGCGGGGGGCGGGGGCAGGCGCUGAAGGCCGGACGCAAACGCGAGACCAGCCCCCCCACCCCACGCACCCGGGGGGGGCAGAAGGCUGAGGAGCCCCCCGCCAAAAGAAAGCGCUGAACAUCACAGGGACCCCGUUGCCCUUCACCCCCCACCCCCCACCAAGAGGACCAAACCAAGGAGGAGAGCCCACCUGUUCUUUUUUUUAAC